UAUUCGUACAUGGUAGUUUGGUCGCGUGCGUUUCCGUGGUAGAGCGAGUUGCCUGUUUAUCUCCUUUUGAGAUGGAUCUUUUUGUUGAAGAGAAAAGUAAAGAUUACGAUUUAGUUGUAAAAGUUGGGGCUGAUUGUAUUAGGGCUCACAAGAGUGUGCUCGUAGAACACAGUGAAUAUUGUAAAGCUCUUUUCUGUGGACAGUAUAGGGACUCUUUAAAGAAUGAGCUUGAUUUGUCUGAAAUCGCCAGAAAUAUUUCAGAAGUCAGAGCUGUUGUGUCUUUCAUGUAUACAGGUGAUAUGUUGGUGGACAAUGAAAAUCUGACUGAUAUAAUGAAGUUGUCCUCUUUUUUGUCAGUGUCUUCGCUCGACAAGUACUUGGUGAAAUAUCUGCUUGAGGCACUCAGUGUUAAAACUUGCUUGAAAUAUUACUGUUUGUGCUGGCAGUACGGUUUUAAGGAAGUAGAGAGAAAGGCUGGCAUAAUGCUUAAAGCAAGAUUUCAUGACUGUGUCAUAAAAGAUGAAAAUUCAUUGAAUUUUACACCAGAUAUGCUAAAGCAUGUAUUUGAUAACAGUUUCCUGAAAUUCUGUUCGGGGGCUGGUAUUCUUAAAUUUAUUGCCAAAUGGCUUGAAAGGUAUCCUGACGAAAUUGGGAAUGAAAUUCCUGACAAAAGUAUGGUUGAAGUUUCUACACAUAUUCUCCAUUCUCUUAAUAAUACUGAAGCACAAAAGAGGCCAAAAAUAAACAUUCCCAAGCUAUCAAUUGAAGAAGAUCUUGUAAAAAUUAAAAAAUUGUUGGAAAAAGAACAGAAGAUGGUAAAAACUGACGAAUUUCUAGAUUUAUUCAGAAGAACAAUGUCUAAUUUAUACACAGAGCCAGAACUCCCAGAAAUGUCUGAAGACAAGAAGAAGAGUACACCUGUACUUGUAACAUUGUCAUUGAGAGAUAUGCCUGAGGGAAAGAGAUAUCUUUUUGAGAAAUAUGUAUAUGACUUGUGUGUAUACAAUCCAGAAACUGGCAUUUGGUAUCUCCUCACAACAUUUAAAAAGAAGGUUUUCAAACAAAAUGCUGUCAUAAAUUUGAUGGAGGAUGACUUGACGUUAGUGCAUGCACGUGGCAAGCUUUACCUAAUGGAUGGUUAUCGGAGAGAUAUGGCUACGUAUGAUUACACAAACAGGGUCUGGUACUACUGGGAGGAUUUUAUAUCCGAUUUGGUUCUAAAUGAUGAAUUUGAACACCACAGUAAUCUUUAUCUCACCACUACACCAUCAGGUGACAUGUACUUAGUUGUGGAAGUUCUUAGGUGGAGAAAUGAUAUAAAGGAGUUUGAUGAUGUUUAUGAGCUACAAGAAAACAACAUACUUGAUGGGUUCUACUUCAUAGCAGCUAGAUAUGGGAAAGAAGAUGAAACAUUUCAUGAAGUUUUCAGGACCGAAAUGAUCCCAGUCACUAAUAAGGAAAUGGAGUUUAAUAUUGUAGAAAUGUCCUACUGUUCAUUGAAGGUGAACAAGAAAAAUGAGAUGAUUUUUGUGCAGACUCUAAAUAGGGAUAAUAAUGUUGCAGUGCUUUUUGAUCUUAAAGAAGAUGCUCCAUGUAAAACAAUACCUUUUAAGAUUGAGAAGGAAUACUGGUCAUUGCCCACAUGCAUUUUGGAAGACGAGGAUAAAUUUGUGGUGAUAGGUGAAGAUUACAGGAAAGAUGAGAUGUUUGUUCUUUUUGAGUGUCAGUACGGAUCAAAUGAUUUGAACUUUGAGACUUAUCAUGGUGAUAUAUCUUAUAUUCACUCCUCUGAAAAAUUUAAGGUACAAAAUCGUAGUACUAAAACGGUUGCUGGAAAAGAGUCGUUAUGGCAUAUUGAAAAGCUAUUGGAUGAUGUAUCGGUGUGCAGACAAGUAGCAUUCAAAGGAGAGCCUUCUGUAGUAGAUCACACACCACCACCAUUUACAAGCAUAAUCUCUGCUCACGAAAUGGAUUUCCCGAUUGAUGUUUUGGAAAAAUUAAAUCCCAUAACAGAUCUUCUGCUAUAUGGAAAAUAAUUUUUAGACAAAUCGUGAUGUCUAGGGUUAUGGCAUCUUUUAAGAAUGGCAUUUAGAAAUCUUGUGGAAAAGUGAAGUUUUUGUGACACUGGAGAAAAACUUGAGUGUCUGUUUCAUUAAAAGAUACAUGUGUUUGCACUGAAGCUAUUCAUAUUUGUAUACAGUAUAAUGUGCAAGUCCUUAUUUAUGUUUAGAUACAGACUUGAAUCAUAAAAACUGUACUGCAUAUUCAGAUAUUUGACAUGGGCUGUUUCUACAGUUUUCACCAGUGUCAGUAAUAUCAUCAUAAUCAUUAUCAUUGCUAUGUUGAAAAUGAAAAUGUUUGUUCAGUGAUAUUCAUGUGCAGUUACUGUGUUUUAACCAGUGUUUCAGGUUGAGCUAGUAGUAUAGGUGGAUGGUCUUUUGUCCAUUGUCCACAAUUUACAUAAAAUGUCAUUGAAACUACUGGUCAGAAUUAUACCAGACUUUGUCUGUAGCAGUCUGGCAAGGUUUUCUCUCAAGUUUGUUUCAGAGGCAGCUAGAGCUGAAAAUAGAAAAACCUUUCAUUGACUUAUUCUCAGGAAUUGUCUGAUGGAUUUUCAUCAAACUCAGGGCCUCCGCUGCCGAUCGCCAAUGUCGCCAUUUGCGAUAAUUUUAAGAAUUUGGCGCUAAAUUUUGCGAACUGGCGAAAAUAAGUGGCGCAUAGUUUUUUUCCUCUGCAUUUGUUUUUUCCGUAGUGAUAUAAGCGGCCCAAGAUUUGGUUCCCGAUACACAUGUUUACCUAGACGCUGGUAGUGAAUAAAAUCGAUAACCAGUCUAGGCGGUGUAUUUGACAAUUCGACUAUUGAAGUUGGUUGGAACCUUGAGAAGAUAAUUGUGUAAUAAUGUGUGAAUUGAAGAUUAAUCAGUAAUCAAAACAUCUGCCAGCUUGUAUGUUUGACCUCUGCCGAGAAUUCACCAAAAUUAAUGCCAAUUACGGUGUACUUUAUGUGUUGCGAUUUUUUUACAAAAAAAAGAUUGUCAUGUUUGUGCAAAGAAGUAUAAAAUAUUAUUAUUAUUAAAUUAUUUUUUAUAGCUCUUUGGACUGACGAAUUUUAAAUAAGUACGAAAGAUACAUCUAAUUUGUUACUUUUUUGCAAGAUAAUUUUUGAUUCCUCAGUUUUCAUAAAAGAUUUUAACGAUGGAUCCGAAAAUUAAAACACAUCGGCCUCAAUUUGCAUCCUGGACCUGGUUAAUUUCUUUGAAAUUGAAAUGUUCAGAAACUGGAUGAUAUCACUUGCUAUCGUGGCUUCUUAAAAAUCAUUAGAAGAGUGUUUAACUUGACCUUUUAGAAUAGAAAAAAAUCCGAAUUUUCCUUUCUGAAAAUAAAUGAGUCCUGAAAUAUUGGUAAUUCUGACAUGGAUAGAUAUGAAAUGAUUUGUGUCAUUUUUUAUCCAACUAUAAACUGGAUUUACUUCUACAAUAAACUAAUACACCUUCAAAAGUUGUUAUUAUUCCUAAUGAAAUUAUUUACAAUAUUUUAUUUCUCUAUGCACACUAUGACAGCCAACUAAAAGAAAUAAAAGUGGCUCAGAACUUUGGCUCAAAAAUGGCUCUAAAGUGGCUCCAACUUUUUCAAAUUGGCGAAAAGGUUGGCGACAAGUAUGAAAAACCCAGAGGAGGCCCUGAAACUUAAUCUGUAGCAUUGUUACACACUCUUCCAAAUUUAUUCAAACAGAAACACUUGGCCCCUUUUUGGGGCUGUAAAAACAUAAGAUGGAAAUCUCUUUGAGCAGCUUCUCCUCAUGUGCCGCUUGAUGGAGCUUCAUCAAACAUCGUCUGUAGCAUUAUAAUGAGGUCUUGAGGAGGCCUCUAGUGCUCAAAAUAGAAAUAACCUUUAAACAACUCCUCAUUAACAACUUGAUGGAUCUUCAUCAGGCUUGGUCUGUAGCAUUAUUAUAAAGCCCUCUCCCAAUUUUAUUCAGGUGGAGGGGCUUGGUCUCUUUUAGGGGCAGCUAGAGCUAAAAAUAGAAAUACAUUUAAAUGACUUCUUCCUAUGAGCGACUUUAUGAUCCUCAUCAGACUUAAUCUGUAGCAUCAUUAUAAGUCCUCUCCAAUUUUUUUUUCAAACAGCAAUGGAUACCUUUCAGGGGCUGCUGGAGCUAAGAAUAGAAAUACUUUUGAACAACUCAUGAACCAUUUGAUGGAUCUUCAUUAAGCUUGAUCUGUAUGUCAUUGUAUUCUUUUUAGGUCCUCUCCCAAUUUCAUUCAAAUGGGAGCACUGACAGCCCCUUUUAGGGGCCACUAAAGUAUAAAAAAGAAGUACAAAUUGGGAGCUCCAAAGCAACUAUUUCACUCAAAUCUCAGUCUAGCUCAAACACAGACCUUUAAGCAACUUUUUCUCAUGAACCACUUGAUGGAUCUUCAUCAAACAUAUUUUGUAAAUUGUAGGAUCAUUAUGAGGUCCUAUCCAAUAUUUGUUCAAAUAGAGCACUUAGGGCUCUUUAAGGGGCCACAAGAAGUAGAAACAGAAAUACCUUUAAACAGCUUUCUCUUAUAAACUCUUUGAUAGAUUUACAUCAAACUUUGUCUAUAGUAGUAUUUUAAGUCCCUCUCCAGGCCUUUUUUUAUGCUGAUUUUAGGGCCGAAAUUCGGCCCCAUUCCCCAAUCUAAAAAGUAUACUUUUUUCCCCACCUUGGCCAAAAAUUCCCCAUGCAAAAAAAAAUGAAAUUAGUUUUCAUUUUCAAUCCUGAUUUUAACAACUUUUCAGCAAAUAUAUUCCUCCAAACAAUGAUUUUGCGACGUAAAUUUCCCCUCCAAAAGGGACCUGGUACCCUUCCCCAAAUUUACAAAAAAGGGCUGCUCUCCCAUUUAGAGGCUGCUAGAGCUAAAGAUAAAAAUACAUUUAAGUAACUUAAUCUCAUUUACCAAUUGAUGAUCUUGAUCAAACUGGAUUUAUUGCAUCAUUAUAAGGGCCUCCCCAAAAUUCCUUCAAAUGGAGUUGCUAGACCUCUUGUGGGGGUCACUAGAACUAGAAAUAGGGGGAAAAAACUUUAUUAAAGUUUAAUGAAACAUUUUAUUGUUCUUCUUGAAACUUUGUCUGUAACAUCAUUAUUAGGUCCUCUCCAAAUUUGUUCACCUGGGCCACUGUAGCUAAAAAUAGACAUAUCUUACUUCUCAUAAACUACUUUAUGGGUCUUGAUCAAACUUGGUCUGUGGCAUCAAUGUAAGUUCCUCUGCCACAUGACAUUGUGUUCUAAAUGGGGGUGCUUUGUCCCUUUUAUGGGUUGCUAGUCUAGAGCUAAAAAAUAGAAAUGUUAUACAUUUAAACAAAUUCAUUUCGUGAACCAUUUCAUGGAUCUUCAUCAAACUUGGUCUGUUGCAUUAUUAUAAGGUUCUCUUCACCAUUUUUUUUAGCUCACCUGUCACAAAGUGACAAGGUGAGCUUUUGUGAUCGCGCGGUGUCCGUCCGUGCGUGCGUGCGUCCGUAAACUUUUUGCUUGUGACCACUCUAGAGGUCACAUUUUUCAUGGGAUCUUUAUGAAAGUUGGUCAGAAUGUUCAUCUUGAUGAUAUCUAGGUCAAGUUCGAAACUGGGUUUAGUGCCAUCAAAAACUAGGUCAGUAGGUCUAAAAAUAGAAAAACCUUGUGACCUCUCUAGAGGCCAUAUAUUUCACAAGAUCUUCAUGAAAAUUGGUCAGAAUGUUCACCUUGAUGAUAUCUAGGUCAAGUUCGAAACUGGGUCACGUGCCAUCAAAAACUAGGUCAGUAGGUCUAAAAAUAGAAAAACCUUGUGACCUCUCUAGAGGCCAUAUAUUUCACAAGAUCUUCAUGAAAAUUGGUCAGAACGUUCACCUUGAUGAUAUCUAGGUCAGGUUCGAAACUGGGUCACGUGCCAUCAAAAACUAGGUCAGUAGGUCAAAUAAUAGAAAAACCUUGUGACCUCUCUAAAGGCCAUAUUUUUCAUGGGAUCUGUAUGAAAGUUGGUCUGAAUGUUCAUCUUGAUGAUAUCUAGGUCAAGUUCGAAACUGGGUCACGUGCAGUCAAAAACUAGGUCAGUAGGUCUAAAAAUAGAAAAACCUUGUGACCUCUCUAGAGGCCAUAUAUUUCAUGAGAUCUUCAUGAAAAUUGGUCAGAAUGUUCACCUUGAUGAUAUCUAGGUCAAGUUCGAAAGUGGGUCACGUGCCGUCAAAAACUAGGUCAGUAGGUCUUAAAAUAGAAAAACCUUGUGACCUCUCUAGAGGCCAUAUAUUUCACAAGAUCUUCAUGAAAAUUGGUCAGAAUGUUCACCUUGAUGAUAUCUAGGUCAAGUUCGAAACUGGGUCACGUGCCAUAAAAACUAGGUCAGUAGGUCUAAAAAUAGAAAAACCUUGUGACCUCUCUAGAGGCCAUAUAUUUCACAAGAUCUUCAUGAAAAUUGGUCAGAACGUUCACCUUGAUGAUAUCUAGGUCAAGUUCAAAACUGGGUCACGUGCCGUCAAAAACUAGGUCAGUAGGUCAAAUAAUAGAAAAACCUUGUGACCUCUCUAAAGGCCAUAUUUUUCAUGGGAUCUGUAUGAAAGUUGGUCUGAAUGUUCAUCUUGAUGAUAUCUAGGUCAGAUUCGAAACUGGGUCAUGUGCAGUCAAAAACUAGGUCAGUAGGUCUAAAAAUAGAAAAACCUUGUGACCUCUCUAGAGGCAAUAUAUUUCAUGAGAUCUUCAUGAAAAUUGGUCAGAAUGUUCACCUUGAUGAUAUCUAGGUCAAGUUCGAAAGUGGGUCACGUGCCAUCAAAAACUAGGUCAGUAGGUCAAAUAAUAGAAAAACCUUGUGACCUCUCUAGAGGCCAUAUUUUUCAUGGGAUCUGUAUGAAAGUUGGUCUGAAUGUUCAUCUUGAUGAUAUCUAGGUCAAGUUCGAAAGUGGGUCACGUGCCUUCAAAAACUAGGUCAGUAGGUCAAAUAAUAGAAAAACCUUGUGACCUCUCUAAAGGCCAUAUUUUUCAUUGAAUCUGUAUGAAAAUUGGUCUGAAUGUUCAUCUUGAUGAUAUCUAGGUCAUGUUCGAAACAGGGUCAUGUGCGAUCAAAAACUAGGUCAGUAGGUCUAAAAAUAGAAAAACCUUGUGACCUCUCUAGAGGCCAUACUUGUGAAUGGAUCUCCAUAAAAAUUGGUCAGAAUGUUCACCUUGAUGAUAUCUAGGUCAAGUUUGAAACUGGGUCAUGGCCAUAAAAAACUAGGUCAGUAGGUCAAAUAAUAAAAAACCUUGUGACCUCUGUAGAGGCCAUACUUUUCAUGGGAUCUGUAUGAAAGUUGGUCUGAAUGUUCAGCUUGAUGAUAUCUAGGUUGAAGUUCGAAACUGGGUCAACUGCGGUCAAAAACUAGGUCAGUAGAUCUAAAAUUAUUAAAAUCUUUUGACCUCUCUAGAGGCCAUAUUUUUCAAUGGAUCUUCAUGAAAAUUGAUCUGAAUGUUCACCUUGAUGAUAUCUAGGUCAGUUUCGAAACUGGGUCAUGUGCUGUCAAAAACUAGGCCAGUAGGUAUAAAAAUAGAAAAACCUUGUGACCUCUCUAGAGGCCAUAUUUUUCAUGAGAUAUUCAUGAAAAUUAGUGAGAAUGUUCACCUUGGUGAUAUCUAGGUAAAGUUCAAAACAGGGUAACGUACCUUCGAAAACUAGGUCAAUAGGUCAAAUAAUAGAAAAACCAUGUGACCUCUCUAGAGACUAUAUUUUUCAAUGGAUCUUCAUGAAAAUUGGUCAGAUUUUUUAUCUUGAUAAUAUCUAGGUCAAGUUCAAAACUGGGUCACAAGCUCAAAAACUAGGUCACUAUGUCAAAUAAUAGAAAAAACGAUGUCAUACUCAAAACUGGGUCAUGUGGGAAGAGGUGAGUGAUUCAGGACCAUCAUGGUCUUCUUGUUUCCAGAUGAGGGCGUUUGGCCCCUGAAUUGCUAGAGCAAGAAAUAGAAAUAUCUUUAAAUUACUUAUUCUCAUUGACUGCAGAGUGGAUCUUCAUGAAACCUGGUCUUUAGCAUCAUUGUAAGAUCCUCUCCCAAAUUUGUUGAAAUGAUGGCACUUGGCCCCGUUUUAGGGGCCACUUGAUUGUAAUAAACACAUUUGUUACCAUUCAUGAUUAAGUGUAUCAUACAUAAUAUUCAGGGUCAAACAGUCAAGGUCAGGUGAGCAACUUAGGACCACUGUGGCCCUCUUGUUAAAUUUAUAUAUUUGGGUUAGCCAAGAGAAUCUUUCACAUUCAUGGGAAAAUGGUACAGCUGGGUUGUUGAAGGUCAGAUUUUAUAUCCAGUGCUUGCCCCUUCCAGAAAGAAUUUCUACAUGGCUCAUUCCUUGUUAAAGGCACAAAAAAGAAAGAAAAUUUUUAGGUAUAAGGAAAUUAAUGCCAUUUUUCUUAGAAGGGUUUGAAACUUAAUUGCUGACAGAUAAUAUGUUACGGAAACACAUGAGAAUUAGUUUUUAGCACACCUGAGCAAUGCUCAGGUGCGUUGUUGUGAUCGCUCGAUGUCGGGCGUCUGUCGUCUGUCAACAUUUAGCUUGUGUAUGCGAUAGAGGCUGUAUUUUUCAACUGAUCUUCAUAAAAUUUGGUCUGAAUGAUUACAUUGUACCUUGAAAUCUAGGCCAAAUUCAAAAAUGGGUCAUCUGGGGUCAAAAACUACAAAAAUGUAGGUCACUAGGUCAAAUCAAAGAAAAACCUUGUGCAUGCAAUGGAGGCUGUAUUUUUCAAUUGAUCUUCAUGAAAUUUGGUCAGAAUGAUUGCCUUGAUAAAGUCUAGGUCGAGUUCGAAUAUGGGUCAUCUUUGGUUAAAAAGUAAGUCACUAGGUCAAACCAUAGAAAAACCUUGUGUAUGUGAUAGAGGCUGUAUUUUUCAAUUGAUCUUCAUGAAAUUUAGUCAGAAUGAUUGCCCUAAUAAAUUCUAGGUCGAAUUUGAAUAUGGGUCAUCUGGAGUCAAAAACUAGGUCACCAGGUCAAAUCAAAGAAAAACCUUGUGUAUGCGAUAGUUGCUGUAUUUUUCAAUUGAUCUUUAUGAAAUUUGGUCAGAAUGAUUGCCUUGGUGAAAUCUAGGUCAUGUUCUAAUAUGGGUCAUCUGGGUUCAAAAAGUAGGUCACUAGGUCAAAUCAAAGAAAAACCUUUUGUAUGAGAUAGAAGCUGUAUUUUUCAAUAGAUCUUCAUAAAAUUUGUUUAGAACGAUUGCCUUGAAGAAAUCUAGGUUGAGUUCGAAUAUGGAUCAUCUGGGAUUAAAAAGUAGGUCACUAAGUCAAAUCAAAGAAAAACUUUGUGUAUGCGAUAGAGGCUGUAUUUUUCAAUUGAUCUUCAUAAAAUUUGGUCAGAAUGAUUGCAUUGAUGAAAUCUAGGUCAGAUUUGAAUAUGGAUCAUCUGGCUUCAAAAGCUAGGGCACUAGAUCAUAUCAAAGAAAAUACUUGUUUAAACUCAAGAGACCACAUAUUUGGUGCAGUCCUAAUGAAAAUUGGCCAGAAUAUUUGUUUCCAUGAAAUCACAAGGUCAAACAUGUUUACACUGUUAUGGUAUGUUUCUUAGGUGAGCAACCUAGGGCCAUCUUGGCCCUCUUGUUUUUACUAAUUUUUACACUGAAAUUUGGAAAGCAUUUUUAACUCUUUACUCGAGGUAAAUAUCUAUAGUUACCGUUGUUAAAUACAUAUUCUUGUGUGGUGUACCGUAUUUUGGUGCAUAUAGGUCGCACUUUUUCUACCCAUUUUACUGCCUGAAAAAGUUCCUGCGACCUAUACGACAGAACAUUGCCAGCAUUAUUUUUUUUCAGGCCAAUUUUCUGACCGUAGCUCUCGCAAAAUUAUGUGCAUUUGUUACAAACGAACAAAAUGGAUAAAAAGUAUCAAUAUUGGCUGCUUUUCAACCAGUAGCGGUUAUUUUCAAUAAAAUAUAUUGUAAAUAACCCAUACAGACUAUUGAAAUUACGAAUGACUUUAAUUUAAUGAUGUUUUUGAAGUUUGAAUUACGUUAGUUUCUACUUUCAUUUUACUGGACGCUAUGACAGGUACAUGUACUCCGGGUUGGAUAAAAUCCGGACAGAUCCGUCCUCCAUUCCAAACAUUGUUUAUACUAAUUCUUAGCGUAAUAAAAAGAUAUUUUUUUACUUUUAAUUUUUAUAUAAUAAAAAAAAAAAAAAGCUCCAAAAAGAGAUAUUUUGUUAAUAUUUUUACUCAGAAUAAAAAAACCGCGGUUAAUUACAUGACGCGGAAAGGUGUUGAUAAUUGCUGUGCAAACAAUUCACACUUUAACUUGCAUAAUUGCAGAAUGUAAACACAAACCGACUGCUGCCAAUUAGUGUCAAAAAGCCGCAUUUCUUUGAUUUGUAGUACAGUCUAUUACCGAUACUACUGUUGGUACGAAACGGUUGGGAUCGAAAAUAACACUGUGCGAUUUCCACCAGUCAGGUUCUGAUAAUGAUUCAGUUCGUGGCAGCAAUAUGGACGCCGCCAUAACUUUUUUGCCGGUAAAAAUCCGAAAUUUAACUGCGACUAAUACGCUAGAACUUCAAUUUUCCGACCAUUUCCAGGGCAAAAAUUAGAUGCGUACUAUACAUUACCGCGACAUAUACACACCAAAAUAUGGUAUUGUUAAAGACAGCGAGACAGUUUUUAUUGCUGCGGCGGGCCAGGCUUGAAUCCCGACUAUGGCAUAUUUUUUUACUUGAUGUUGCAUUUUUAAGAUAGUUUAGAAACAAAAACUCAUAUUCUACUGUUCA